GGCCAUUCCUUGUCGCCAUCAUCUUUGAACCCAUCCGCGCAAGACUUUUGCCAAAAUGGCCAUUGACACUACACCCUCGGACCCCAAUGCACCUCUCAAGAAGAAGCCCAUCCAGCCAAUAAACUUGGCUAUCGGCGCGGGACUCAAUCUCUUUGAGGUGUCAACCCUUGGCCAGCCUUUUGAGGUGGUUAAAACUCACAUGGCUGCCAACCGAGGAGACACAAUGCCUCAAGCAGUUGUCAAAACAUGGAAACGUGGUGGACCUUUUGGUUUCUAUCAAGGCCUGAUUCCCUGGGCCUGGAUUGAAGCUAGCACGAAAGGCGCAGUCCUUAUUUUUGCAGCUUCGGAGAUUGAGUACCUUGCAAAAGUGGCUGGCGCUGGACCCGCUUGGGCAGGAGUGGUGGGCGGUAUGGGUGGUGGUAUAGCUCAGGCCUAUGCGACCAUGGGCUUCUGCACGUUCAUGAAGACCGUUGAGGUGACUAGACACAAGGGUUCGGGGAGUGGCCCGAGCAAGUCGAGCAUCCAAGUUGCCCGUGAGAUCUUUGCGCGAGAGGGUAUUCGUGGAAUUAACAAAGGGGUGAACGCCGUUGCGGUUCGACAGUGUACAAACUGGGGAUCUCGGUUUGGUCUGUCUCGAGUUGCCGAAAACGCGAUUCGUAAGGCCACCGGUAAUGAGGACGCGAAGCAGCCACUGUCCCCAUAUCAGAGAAUUUUGGCUUCCGCCAUUGGCGGUGGUCUAUCUUGCUGGAAUCAGCCUAUUGAAGUCAUCCGCGUGGAAAUGCAGAGUCAAAUCAAAACGCCUGGUCGACCGGAAAAGAUGACCAUCAGCUCCGCGGCCAAAUGGAUUUACCAACAAAAUGGCUUCAAGGGCUUCUAUCGUGGAGUUACUCCACGGGUGGGUCUCGGAGUGUGGCAAACUGUCUGCAUGGUGUUUGGCGGAGAUCAGGUGAAGGGAUAUUUUGCGAAUAGGGCACAGAAAUAGGACGUUGAAUACCUAUUGCGUGUCAAUUUCCCCGUUUAGCGCCUCUUCUUGGUUGGAUCUGUGACGCUGCGCGUCGUCUGAUUAGAUCUAUACUCAAUAUCGACCGUACUAGAAAUUUAAGUACAUAAACGUGUACCUCUAUCUAAGAGAUCUGUGAGUGGGCUACGACGUAGAUAAGAAUAGAUGUGCCAUGGUCGCGAUAUUCGCAAUCAAGAUUUUAGGGA